GUGGAUUGACAGUGACAGUUUCCUAAACAACUAAAUAUUUUCGUUUCAUUUAAAGUAAAAUUGGUAAAAUUAUGAACAAAUUAACUUAAUGUCGAAAAAACAAUGCAGUCCAAUAUUAUACAAAAUAGUAUAGAGCUUCCGCUAGAAGUUACUGUGAAACCUUUGGCCUUAGUAGGCGUAUCAGGUCUAGAUAUAGUUAAUAAUGCAGUUCAUAAAUCCAUUUGGGAGACUUUCAGCAGUAACAGAAGAAUAGAAAGGGCUCCUGUUUUAUUUAAAAUAAUUGAUAAUGCCCAUGAAUUUCCUGUGAUCAAACCAAGAAGAACUUCUUAUGACUGGUACAUUCCAAAAGGUAUCCUUAAGAAAAAUUGGAUGAACAAGCAUCUCUAUGAGGUGCCUGCAGUUAUUGUGAUUUUCUAUGACUUAGAUUGGAAUGAUCCGCAAUGGAGCGAACGAAUGAUAGAAUGUGCAUCAAGGGUACAAUCCAUGAGGGCAGCAUUAGAAGGUCGUAAUACUCGUUUAACAAUUGUGCUUAUACAAAACUCCCCACCUCUACCCCCUGGUGAAGAUGCUCUGGCUGCAGAACGUGCAGUUGCUUUAUGUUCUAGUUGUGACUUAAGCUCGCAAUCCCUUUUUGUCUUGCCUCAUGGAGAUCAUCUACAAGGUUAUGCUGUGAGAUUAGAGAAUGCAUUUUAUGAAUUCGCACAAAUGUAUUACCACAACGAAGCCAAAAAUGUUAAAUCUCAUAAAGAACAUCUGAGUAAAACCAAUCAUCAGUUUUUGUUUGUUAGACAUCAGUUCAAGAUGGGAUUUUUGUAUGAGUUAAAGGAUGAUUUACACACUGCCCAUAAGCACUAUAUACAUGCUUACAAUAGCCUGUUAGAAAUUAGGAUAGUGGACACCAAUGCUAUGGAAAUUAGAACAGUUGCUGGGUUUAUCAACUAUAAACUCUGCAGGCUUUUAUUUGCUCUAAACCUACCUCGUGAUGCCAUUUCUCAGUUCAAGUCACACAUUGAUAGGUUCAAAGCUAGAAUGGGGUUCCAUGAAUUAACCUUUGAGCACUAUGCUUGGUUAUCAAAACAGUAUUCAGUUUUUGGUGAUAUAUUUGAUGAAGCUGUGAAAAUGGGGCUUCCUGCUGUACUAACACAACAUCCAGGAAUAUACUAUUAUCAAGCAGCUCAGUAUUCUUUGCAAAGAAAGAAGUUAUGCCAGGAAUUGUGUGCUAAGGUUACUGCUUAUCCUCAACCUGAUCCAUUAGAAGGUGCCAAUCUAAUAGAAUUUUAUGGACAAAGACCUUGGAGACCUGGGAAGUUGAAUGCAGAUCCUCCUGAUCCACAAGUAGAGGGAAAUGGUAUUAUAGCACUACAGUUCUUGGAAAAACAGAUAAAUCAUUCUAACCUAAUUAUAGCUCUGUAUGGUUUAGCGAUUUCUCAGUACAAAACCUACAGGUGUCCAAGAACUAGAAGACAUUUAGUAUUGCAAAUGGCUGACGAGUAUUAUGACAGUAAAGACUAUGGAAAGGCUUUAACUUUGUAUACACACAUGCUGUGGGACUUCCGAAACGAAAAAUGGUGGACUAUAGUUUCUGUGGUAUUAGAGAAGGCAAUUUUAUGUUCGUAUUUGACUGCCAAUGUACAAGACUACCUUUUAUUAGCAUUUGAGAUAUUAGGAGUAAAUAUUAACACACCUCUGAAUGAAAAAAGAAAAAUAUAUGAUAAUUUAAUUAGGAUUUUAAAGAAACAAAUACCAUUUGGUGAUCCAAAACUAACUCAGAACAUCUUACAAGGUGCCAUAAUCCUAUGGCAAUCAUUUGUCACUGAAAAAUCUUUAAAAAUUUCACUUGAUGUAACUAACAUUACAACUUGUCUGACUGUCAAAGGGAGAUUUAUGAAAAAAACAUAUGAAGUCGACCAAAAAAUCAUUGUGGAGCUUUUUAUAAGGUCUACAUGUCCAUUUCCACUAACUCUUUCAAAAGUUGCCAUAUCAAUCAGUGCUGAAAACGAAACAAAUGAAUACAGUGUCCAAACUAUGAAUGACGAGUCUUUAAGUUUUCAACAAGAUGAAAUUAAAAGGUUUAUUGUCGAGUUCCUAGCUGAUCCUUCGGACAUAAAUAAGGAUAUUCAGAUUUCUUCAAUCAACCUCUACCUAUGUAGUACUCCAGAAUGUUGCAUAGACUUGAAAUAUUCUGCAACCACAACCAGCAACGACAAUCAUCUAGAGCUCUACCAUUUCAAAUAUAAUAAAAAUAAAAUCAAUUUCGAUACCAUUCAGCUAUUACCUCAAGCGACGAUUGUGCCUAGAGAAUCUAAACUUCAAGUUGAAUUCGAACACCAAAGCCCUGCUUUGUUAGGAGAGUGGUAUAUAAUUCAGAUAAAUGUGAAGAAUGAGGAAGAGGAUGAAAUUCAAGACUUGAAAAUAGAUGUGUGGAUCGAAGAGGAAAUUGCCAAUGUUGAAUUGUCGACAGAACCUUCCGACAAACAGAAAAAACUUAACUUAGUCCUUAAUAAUCCCACAACUUUAAACGUCCACGACGAAAUCAACACUAAUUUCUACGUGCGAUCCAACAUAAUGUGCAAAUGCAACAUUCAAGUCAGACUGACCUAUGUGCUGAGUGGCGAAAAGAACAUUCAAAGUAUCAAGUUGGAAACGGUGCAAUUGUCUGUUAUUGAACCUUUUGAAGUGUCUACGAAGUAUAUGUCUCUGCUAAUGGCUGAAAUAGAUCAGUUCUACGUUACAGAGAAGUUUGGAAUUAUGAAUUAUAUAACGUUUAUGUCGCCAUGCCCAAUUGUUGUCGAAGACACCACCUUUGAAUAUAAUCAUCUUGUUAGUCCCGAGGAAUCCAUCUACACCAGUCAAAUAAAGGGUAGUGUUUUUAACAAUGCAGAAAUUGGUGGCGAACUUCACUUAGCAACCUGCAAUAAAGUCUCCGAGCAGUCGAUAAAUGUUGGCCAAUACCAUGUAAAAUGGAAAAGAGUGGGAGGUGAAAGUACGACAACAACAUUGGUUGUAACAGGUCUUCCUUGUAAAUGGAUUCCGGUGGGUUUAAAAAUGGUUACACCAGCACACGGCUUCGUGAGAACUUCUAUGAUGCUGGAAUACCAUCUAGAAAACAGAUCCCAACAACUAAUUCAGCUAGAGUUGUCGAUGGACGCAAGCGAAGCCUUUAUGUUCUCCGGUUAUAAACAGUUUUCAGUAACUUUGUUGCCCGUUUCAACGAGAGUGCUCCAGUACAACCUUUGCCCUAUGAUAGCUGGAAGUGUGGCCCUACCAAAAUUGAGCCUGAAAAUUUCAGAGUCCAGUGAAAAUGAAGUGGCAAUUAUUCAGCAAGAAGAAUUAAAUUUUUUGAUAAGUCGGUCCUUGCCCACACAUGUUUAUGUGAUGCCUCAGUUGAAGGGAAGUGUGGAGAUUUCAAACAUGUUGUCGACGGAAAAUGUUGCAGUUGUAGGAUAAAGUGUUUUAUAUUGUACUAAAGAUAAUUAUAUAUUGUUAUAGCGAA